AUGGUACAUUUAUGGCUUCGUGCGGAAACCAAACCAAAAGAGCAUCGAGCAGCUUUGACUCCUCAUUCUUGUAAAGUUUUAAUUCAAAAUGGUUUUCAAAUCACCGUUGAAAAAUCUGGGCAACGAACUUUUAAGGAAGAAGAAUAUGAACGAGAGGGAUGUACCAUAGUCCCUUCGGGAACUUGGAAAAACGCACCUUCUGAUGCUUACAUUGUUGGCCUUAAAGAACUCCCAGAAAAUGAUAAUUCGCCACUUUCACAUUCUCAUAUUUAUUUUGCACAUUGUUACAAAAAUCAAGAUGGUUGGCAAGAUACCCUUAGAAGGUUUACGCAAGGCAGUGGCACCCUUCUUGAUUUGGAAUUUUUAACUGAUGAUGACGGUCGACGUUUAGCUGCAUUUGGUUUUCAUGCAGGAUUUGCUGGUGCAGCUUUAGGCCUUGAUGUUUGGGCCCAACAACAAAUUUACCCUGGAGAAAAGUUUCCAUCAGUAGUUCAUUUCCAAAAUGAAAAUGAAUUGAUUGCUUAUAUGAAUACUCGAUUGACUAAAGCAAUCAGAAUUAAGGGAUGCGCACCACGUAUCAUGGUUAUUGGUGCUCUUGGUAGAUGUGGUAGAGGUGCAGCAGAAUUAGCGCGCAAACUCGAUAUUCCCGAAGAAAAUAUUAUUAAAUGGGAUCUUGAAGAAACAAAAAAAGGAGGGCCAUUCCCAGAAAUUCUUGAAGCAGAUAUUUUUGUAAAUUGUAUUUAUCUUAAUCAAAAAAUUACACCAUUUCUUACUAAAGAAAUGUUGGAUUUACAAAGAAAACUUUCUGUGAUCGUUGAUGUAAGCUGCGAUACUACCAAUCCUAACAAUCCGAUCCCUGUUUAUACUGGUUGUACUACUUUUAGUAAUCCAACCAUCGCAGUGAAAACUAAAAACACACAUCCUCUAGAUGUUAUUGCAAUCGAUCACCUACCAACUUUAUUACCUAGAGAAAGUAGUGAACAAUAUUCAAAAGAUUUACUUCCUUGUUUACUUGAACUAUCUAAUCGUGAUACUUCUAAAGCAUGGGUUAAGGCUGAGAAGUUAUUCAGAACAAAAGCUUCUUUAAUAGAUUCCUAA